AGUCUAGGAUAUUCAUUCACUAGGUGGUUACCACAAGAGAGAGAGAAGCAGCAGCAGCAGACAGCAACAUGCCUCCAGAAGAAAGCCAAAAAGCUAUGCCUGCAAAAAGGGCCAUCAAAAAGAUCCGAACCACCAGCCUAGUAAUCAGCUUGGCACGAGGCUGGCAACAGUGGGCAAGCGACCACAACACAAAGCAAGCCCAAGAGCCCCCAGGAUGGAUGCCCAAUGCAGAAGAACCACCAACUGAGCCACCAAAAGAAAGGCUAUUAUCAAGAUGGACUGUUUCUACUAAGAGCAACCAAGAAAAGGGUGAGGAAAAAUCCUCAGGGAAGGAGGCAGUGGCUAAAGGGGAUGUAGAAAAAGAUACAAGUGAAUCUGAUGAAGCUCUCAGAAAGCUUAACAUUAAAAGCAAAGAAGUGACCAAAACCGUUGUAAGUAAAGUCUAUGAAAGAGGAAAUGACAUUAGCCUCCUCAGUGAUAGAUAUGAGAAGGAUAAUGGGAGCCCAGAGAUCUGCGGGUGCAAGGAGGAGUCAAGUAAUUUUGACAAAAUCCUUGGUGACAAAAUGUCUCCUACAAGGCGAAGGAAGUGCUCAAAUCUGGUGACAGAGCUAACCAAGGGUUGGAAACAGAUGGAACAAGAGGAUAAAGUCCCAGAGUUAGAGAUACAUAAAUGUCGCAGUGACAGCAUGGAUACGGAGGACAGUGGUUAUGGGGGCGAGGCAGAAGAUAGACUCCAGCAAGACGACGCUGACCACAUUAUGAGGAUUAAACGACCCAUGCCAUCACUUGCAAGCAGGUUUACAGAAGAACUAAGCAGCAAGACCCACAGGAAAUACAGUCCUGUUAAUGCUCUGAAGGGCAGAUGGCAAGAAUGGGCAGACCAGCAUGUGAUAACGCAAAAGCUGAAUCCUUUCAGUGAGGAAUUUGACUACCAGCUGGCCCAGUCGACACGCCUGCACAAAGGAGAUAAUGGCUAUGGUCGUCCUAAAGAGGGAACUAAAACUGCUGAAAGGGCCAAGAGAGCGGAGACUCACAUUCACCGGGAGAUAAGAGAUAUGUGCUUUAUCAUUGCAACAAUGGCUCCGCUGAGGCGCGAUGGCAAGAUCCAAGUAACUUUUGGGGAACUCUUUGACAGAUAUGUCCGUAUUUCAGACAAGGUUGUUGGGAUUCUCAUGAGAGCUAGGAAACAUGGGUUGGUGGACUUUGAGGGAGAAAUGUUAUGGCAAGGCAGGGAUGAUCAUGUCAUAAUCACUUUAUUGAAAUAAAUGUACAACCCAUUAUGGUAAAACUUAAGAUACAUCAAUUUUUCCAUUGCUGCCAGUUACCUCACCAUUAAAUAGUCAACGUUUUGAAUAUAGGAAUUUACCAUGCCGUCGGAAAGAUACUUAAAAUUUGUUCUAGGGACUUUUUUAUAGUUAUGCCUGUGAUACCAAGCAUCCUUUUGCUAUCCCCUUUGUAUUGUGCCCUCUACCAACAGAGUUUGCAACAUUAUAAAGUUAUUUCCUACUCAGACAAGGAUGGAUGUUGAAGAACUGAAGUGAAUACAUGUAUUGAAUGCACCAAAAUAAAUGUAAAAGCAUAAUGGCAGCAAUCCCAACCCUGAGUUGGUUUCAGGUACAAGACUUCCCCCACCCUAAAUUAACUUAGAUGGGAUUUUUGGAGUUAUGAAGCGUGUUGGAUCAGGAACCAACUGAGAAUAUGAACUUUAAUGUGCAACCUAUUAAAUUGACCUUUCAGUCCUGUCCUAUAUUUCAUAAUUAAGUCACUAAAAAUCUAUUUAAGGGCAUACAAAUUGAAUUUGAAUGUACAGUUAUCUGCAUUUACGACUAAGGUAUAGGAUAUACCACAGUUAUUUCCUAUUCUAAGUAUAACAAAACACUACUGCAGACACCAUGGUGUAGUAACUAAUUGACAAAUGUUGAUGUUUUAAUGGUGAGCACUGUAUUUGUGAUGUUUUCCCUUACAUUUCAUACACAAAGUAAGAUAAAACUGCUCUCUUGCACAAAGAUGGCUUUAUAUUUAAGACUGAGAAAUGGAUGGAAUGGUGGCAUACAUCCCCUACAGAAAAAUAUUGAACACAAGGCAAGACUUGAAUGCAUAGAGGAUAAGGAAAUUCAUGAAAAUGACUGCAUAUUAGUAUAUAGAAAUGAUUUCCUAUUCAAUACAUCUAUAGCAUUAAAGGGAAAUUAACAUACAGCACAUAAUUCCAGGAACAAGUAGAGAAUAUGUGUAUGGUGCUAGACACUUGUAAACAGCUGCAUUACAGAAAAUGUACAAGAUCAAGAUGCAGGAGUAGCAACGACAGGGACAUUUUCCAGUAGACAGACUACUUCUACAGACUACUUCUGUGAGUGAGGAACACGAGCAAUAUUUUUUCUAAUUAAAGAGAACACGUCGUCUGUGUAUUCAGAAAGCCAGUGUUUCAUAAGAUGUUCUACAGAAUAUGGGCCUAAUUCUAUAACCCUUAUUCAUGUUAGGUUGUUCCAAUGAAGUCCAUGGCACUAUUUCAGCCCAAGCAAUGUUCCGUGUGGGUAAAGAUUUCAGAAUUCAGCAAUGUAUGUUUUAGAAAAAAGUUUAAAAUGGUGUUUCUACACUAUGUACCUCACUUCUAUGCUGUACUAUAGUAUAGAUUUCUAUAUUGCGUAUAAUGCUUACUGGAUUAUAUAGACAACAGCUUUUCAAGAUUAUUACUAUGUAAAUUUCACACAAAAUAUACUAUUGCCAGAAUAAAAUGUUCAUUUAGGAGGGAAAAAGUUUGGGCAAACAAUUUACAUACAGUUAAAAAUGAGAACCCAAAUGGUUUCCUUUAAUAAGUUUCUUUCAAACUGAAAGAUCAAACAUCUUCUUGCAGAAGAAAAGGGUAUCCGUACAUUUUGCCUCAAUUUGGUGAACCAAGAACUGUUAACUUAGCAUUAAAACACAAAUACUCCAGUUUGAACUUCCUGGUAGGCAUAUUUUUUGUAUGCAAAUAAAACAGACCUCAAAUUUUUACAGGCAAAUAAUUCAAGAACCAAAUAAUAAUAUGCUCCUACAGUACAAUCUUGUUCUAAAACAAUAUGAACACUGUAAACAAGGUAACCGAUUGUGAAGUUAGCCAAGAUAAAAACGGGUAUUACAUUGCAGGUCUGAUCCAAUAGCCUUUUUGGUGACAAUGCUACUACUCAUGCAAAUAAGAGCUGCAGGACCAGGCUCAAAUUUGCAGAUAAAUAUUGUGAUAUGAAAUGCUGUAUGUAUAGGUUCUUGCAUUACCCUCCCAGGUUCUUAAUAAUUAAAUAGGUAUAGUAUUCCUAUGAAGUCAUUUGCCUGUUGUCCUUUAGAAGGCUGUCAAAACAAUACCUGAAUGACAAAUAAAGUGCUAAUUUGAGUACCAGCGCUUGCUUAUUUUUUCGACCCCUACUUAGAAGAGAAACAUGUUCAUUCACAUAUUGUCUGAUAUAUUAAACAGACCAUUUUAAAAUGUGAACUUCCCCUGCUCCAAGCCACUACCCUGUUAGAUACUCAUCCUUGCGCUAAGGCCAACGGAUCUGUUAUAAUGGGAUAUUCAUAGCAGCGUACAUCCAAGCUGGGAAGCAGCAUCAUCCUUUAAAUAGGACACCCAGAACAAGAUAGGUUAUAUUUGCAUAUCUUGUACAGCUUCCCCUGGACAUGGAGAAAGCUUCUGUCAAAAGAAAGGAAAUUACAUUGGCUAGGAUUGGAUGACUAAUAUGCAGUUAGGUGAAGUUAUGAAUUGAUGGAGAUUUGAUUACUCUACCCUGAGACUGAGGGUUUAUCUUCACUAUGGGGGUAAGUCGACCUAUUGUACAAAGAGCUACAAAAGGAUCUCUCAGAACUGGGUGACAGGGCAACAAAAGGACAGAUGAAAUUUAAUGUUGAUAAAUGCAAAGUAAUGCACAUUGGAAAACAUAAUCCUAACUAUACAUAUACAAUGAUGGGGUCUAAAUUAGCUGUUACCACUCAAGAAAGAGAUCUUGGAGUCAUGGUGGAUAGUUCUCUGAAAACAUCCACUCAAUGUGCAGCAGCAGUCAAAAAAGCGAACCAUGCUGGGAAUCAUCAAGAAAGGGAUCACUAAUAAGACAGAAAAUAUACUGUCUCUGCAUAAAUCCACAGUAGGCCAACGCCUUGAAUACUGCGUGCAGAUGUGGUGGCCCCAUCUCAAAAAAGAUAUUGGAAUUGGAAAAGGUUCAGAAAAGGGAAACAAAAAUGAUUAGGGGUAUAGAACGGCUUCAGUACGAGGAGAGAUUAAUAAGACUGGGACUUUUCAGCUUGGAAAAUAGGCGACCAAGGGGGGAUACGAUGGAGGUCUAUAAAAUCAUGAGUAACAUAGAGAAAGUAAAUAAGGAAGUGUUAUUUACUCCUUCUCAUAACACAAGAACAAGGGGCCACCAAAUGAAAUUAAUAGGUAGCAGGUUUAAAACAAACAAGAAAGUAUUUUUUCAUCCAAUGCACUUUGAUCUCUGGAAACUCCUUGCCAGAGGAUGUUGCGAAGGCCAAUACUAUAAUGGGGUUCAAAAGGGAGCUAGAUAGAUUCAGGGAAGAUCGGUCCAUCAAUGGCUAUUAGCCAGGAUGGGCAGGAAUGGUGUCCCUAGCCUCUGUUUGCCAGAAGCUGGGAUUGGGUGACAGGGCAUAGAUCACUUGAUGAUAACCUCUCUGUUCAUUUCCUUUAGGGCACCUGCCAUUGGCCGCUGUCAGAGGACAAGAUACUGGGCUUGAUGGACUUUUGGUCUGACCCAGUAUGGCUGUUAUGUUGUAUUCUGUUAAUUCAGAGAUCAAAAGAACAUCCUGGUAUUUAAAUGAAUUGUAAACAUGGGAUUUCUCUGUAUUCAUCUCUCUUUGAAAUGUAUAGCAAGUCAUAUGUGAAUGGUGGAGAAACAAGCAAAUUGCCUUAUGUUAAUUUCUAUAGCUAAGUACCAGUGAUGGACCUCCUUCAAAGUCAUCCUAAUUACCUUUUGUUCCCAGAGGAAUUUCCAACUUGUCAAAGAGGACAUAAAAUUGUAUAAAAGAACCUUGAGUCCCGAUUCCGUCAUCUCAGAUCUUAAGCUUCAUCGGUGGAAGUUUGAGGCGCAAGACUGAGGUUCCAGUUAUGCUGGUACACCCUAAAUAUGAGAUUUGAACACUGAACAUUAACCUUUGAACUAUUUCUGAAAGAACUCUUUGCAACUAUAAAGCUCACCAUCUCUGCUAUGAAUCUGAACCUCAGUGAAUUGAACUCAUCUGUAUGUAUAUUAAUCUUUAAACCAUACUCUCUCUUUUGUGUUUUAAUAAAUUUUAGUUUAGUUA